GCGGCGGGCGGGCGUGUCCCCGGCGGGCGGGCGGGCGCGCGCUGUCCGGGCAGCGAUGGCGGACGAUGGGCAGGCGCGGCUCAGGACUGAGGAGGGCCGGGCGGGCGGCGCGGCCCUGGCGGGCGGCGAGGUGCUGCUGAGCGUGGGGCUGCUGGCCCUGGCGCUGCUGGCGGCCUACCGGCUGUACCUGCGCUGGGGGGCGCGGAGCGGGCCGGGGGGCGCGGCCCGGCAGGGCGAGGCCGCCGCGCUGCCGCGCAUGAAGCGCCGGGAUUUCUCCCUGGAGCAGCUGCGCGAGUUCGACGGCGCUCGCAAUCCUCGCAUCCUGCUGGCUGUUAACGGCAAAGUCUUCGACGUGACCAAAGGCAGCAAGUUCUACGGGCCCGAGGGUCCAUAUGGAAUAUUUGCUGGCAGAGAUGCCUCCAGGGGACUAGCAACUUUCUGUCUAGAUAAAGAUGCACUCAGAGAUGAAUAUGAUGACCUAUCGGACUUAAAUGCUGUACAGAUGGAAAGUGUAAGAGAGUGGGAAAUGCAAUUUAAAGAAAAAUAUGACUACGUAGGUAGACUCCUAAAACCAGGGGAAGAACCAUCAGAAUACACAGAUGAGGAAGAUACCAAGGAUCACACUAAACAGGAAUGAACUUUGUAAACAACCAAAGUCAGGGGCCUUCGGAACUGCAACCUCUUAUUCCCCAUCACAGAAUGUCCUGCAUCUUUGGGUACAGUUCAUCUGCUGCGAAAAAACAUUCAACAGGUUUUGUACAAGGAAAAUAAUAUACUCACAAAUGAAGAUUUGAAUACUAGACAUUCUUUGUGCUGCCAAAUUUUUUGUUGCAGUUUAUUUGUAAUGUCUGGUUAGGCUUCGUUAGUGAAGAGGGGCCAGGGAUUUAAAGGCAAAAAUGCUAUUCCUUUUUAUCAGUAAGCUGAAGCCUUCAACUAGUGUACCUUACAAGCUCUCUAAAAGACGUGACUCUUCAAGCUCAGAGGAAGGUUUGAAUCUUGUUUCGUGUGUGUCUUCUCCUUCAGCAUUAAAAGAAAGAUGUGUUCAUCCACAUCAGCAUCAGUAGGUGAGACUACUGAAGCCGGUGUUAAAAAUGUGAAUUUCCAGUUUUGUUUUGUGUGUGGGCGUUAGUAGCCCGGCAGAAUCCUUCAGUUCUCUAAGAGAAGUCCACGUAGAUUAGGAUGGGGAUAAAAUUCAUCCUUUUCUCAAAAGAAUUGGGUAAAAUAAGUUUCUUCUACAACAACUAUUAUCUGAAGCCUGCCUCUCCCCCUUUUUCCCAUCCUCUAAAUCAAAUCAAAUAUUAAUUGUGCCUUAUUUCGCUUACAUAGACUUGAAUUGUUUUAAGGGACAGCCCCCAAAUUGCGGUUUCAUAGUCACUACAAGCAGCAGUGAGACUGAAUUGCAAUGUUCUGUUGACUGGAAAACCUUGAUGUCAUUCUGUGUAUAGAAUGUAAAAGAGGAGCACUCAGUGUUACUGCCAUAUGUUAAUACUACAUAUACUUAAAUUAGCAUUGUGAUGGCCAAAUGCAUACUCCCAUGCUUCUUUUUAAGGAAUUACAAACACACAAAAAAAGUCUCCCUUCCUCCUCUUCCAGAAGCUGCCUAACUUUUGGGAGCAUAGCCUUCACACCCCCGUAGAGUGAAGGGGCGUUGCGCGCGUGUGUCUGUGUGUGUGUCUGUCUGAAUGCAAGACUUGGGAGGGAUUGUUUCUGCAGAUAUUGUAAAUACGAGUACCAUUUUAAUAAAGCAUGUACAAUACCA